AUGCCGAUUGGCCUUCAGCUCAGCGGCUCAGCAUCCGAAUUGACACCGAUCGACCCCGAAGUGCGUAUUUAUCACGACUGCAAUGAUCAUGGAAAGCCAUGCCAACGUGAAUGGAUCAUCAGAAUCCCGAGCAACUACAUCUAUUCGGGUGCUGAACCAGAAAGGACGAUGGAUUUAGGCACGAUGAAUCUUGAGGCCAGUCAAGAAUCCAAAUUGAAAAAAUACACGCUCCAAGAGAUUAAUUGA